AUGCACGUUAGUGCGACGAUAUCGUCCUGGAGAUGGUCAAUUAUCAAUUCAAUAAUCUCUGUUGGAAAGACUGGGGACUUGGAAAGGUGUUCCGAGUCCAUUAUGGUCAUUAGUCUCUCAGGCUGUAUAUUUCCCCUCCUUACUGACCCUCCCAACUACAGGAACACAGACAUAAUCAACACAUGCAUCGUCUUCCGCUCCUGGCACAUCCACACGCACACUCAAUUCGUUCUCUCCCUCCUCGCCAUCACCUUGAUAGGGCUGUUCUACGAGUACCUCCGUGUUGUCCAGCGGGGCUUGGAUCGCCGUAUCGCGCUGAGUCUCAGUGCGGCUAAGGCUGGGAAAAUUAGGAUCCCCAGUAGGGGGAGCAGCCCUGAUGCGGAGGGCGCUGAGGGGUUGGAAGAUUCGUUGCUUGGGGGACGGAAUGGGCGGGCGGUUAGGUCGGCUUUGAAUGGAACUUCGGUACCUCCUGCGUCGAGGGCCCUCCGUGCGGCGUUGUAUGGCGCCACUGUUUUCCUAUCCUUCUUCCUCAUGUUGGUGUUCAUGACGUACAAUGCAUAUUUGAUCACAGCCGUCGUCGUCGGCGCCGCCCUUGGUCAUUAUAUUUUCGGCGCAACCAUGAACGUUGAUGCAAUUCUUGUUGAUACCCAGGGAGGCAAGGGCAUGGCAUUAUUCCGCUUCACGGAAUUUAUGGAGGGCAAGAGUGUGGCGGAGAUUUUGGAUCAGUUGGGGGAGAGGGACGUCCUUGGGAUUUUGAAGCAGGUUGUGGACCUGGAGAAGAGGACGAUGGAGAUUAUCUUUCCGGCUGGGGGGAGUUUAUACUUUGCUGAGGAUCUGGAGAAUGUACCAGGUGUCUCUGGGCCUAUUAAAGGCAUCCCGCCCGAAGACAUGCAGUUUUGCGUCGGUCCGGAGACCAGCUGUCCGACACAACUCAUGAAGUAUGGUGGGCUCUCACAGUGCAAGUUCAGCUAUUGCAUGAGGCCUGGCCCUUGGAACUUUUGGAGUGCGAAGAUGGCAAACCCCUCGAGGAUUCUCAAGGUCGGCUUGUUGCUCGUGGAUUAUCCGUUCGGAUGCAGUGCCGGGGGUGGUCAGAUCAUGUGCAUGAACGAUCAGUCCUCUGACUUGGAUCUUAUGCUGGUUCUUGAUUCACUGUCCGUUCGAAUCGAGAAUGCCCUCUCGACCUUGGCUGAAAAGUUCCCUGUUGACAAGAGCAAGUUCUUCUCUGCGUUAUUUGAAGGUGGCGCACCACCCACCGGCUACGGUUGGUCAGAAAGUGAGGUGUCGGCUUUGUCGACGACCACCGCGUUCCGCACUGGAAUAGAUCGACGAGACCAGUUCCUCGGAAUACGUCGCUGUGUCGUUUGUGGGGCUUCCAGUAUUGAGGGUCUAGAGCAUUGCCACAUUAUUAUGGUGUCGGAGCCUCAGACCUGGAAGGACCUCAAGGCUCGCAGUUGGAUCCCUGAUCAGGCCAAAGAUGAUCCUGGUCAUGAACCACGCAAUGGCAUGACUAUGUGUGCAUGGCAUCAUCGCCUAUUCGUUUCAUAUGUUUUCUUUAUCCGUCUCCUUGCAGACAUUCGCAAGUUCGUGUUUAUCAACUACUCCGCCAGAGUGGACCUUCAGCAAUUCCAUGGUAAAGCCAUCGCCCUUGAUAUCAACGACAGAUAUGCACCCUUCCCUUCCCUAUUCAUAAUUCAUGAGAUGCGCGUUCGUGGAUUCCACCCCUUUCAACCUGUUUCUCCACCCGUCCCCGCCCCCGAUGAUAUACAUUGGCAAGACUGGAUUUCGUCAGAACAAGUGUUUAACAAUGCCUCAGCUUCCUUCAAACGUAAUAUGCCACCACACAACGAGAGAUCUGCGGAAACACAGCUGCCGUCUCACCCUACGACUACGACGACGGCACCAUCAGGUCAACGUACAUUAGCGCUGAACGCAGACGUCAUCAAUGACAUCCUUGCGGCGACGCGUGCCAUGCCGUCGUGGAAGGCCUGCGUGGUUGAGGGCACGAGCUGGACUGGCACGGCGGAAGAAAACAUCCAAAAAUAUGUCUCUUCUAUUGGUACACAAGAUGAUUGA